GAAUAGACCGAUCAAGGUGUAAUGCUGAAUAAAGGGGUGUGCUUGUUUUUCUCUUAUCAGGGAGCUUGAGGAGGAGAGUCUGUGAAGAUGUCGCAGGGCGGCGGCGUGUCAGGUGCUCCCAAUAAAAACUUGACGCUCGAUGACCUUAUCGCGGCUAUUGACAGGCAUGAAAGAAAUCCGAGCAAUAUCCCCAAGGUCGAUACCUUCCAUUUUUGUGGGGAGAGAGUCUCCGAAUGGCUGGAGCGGGUGGAACAAGCUCUGGUCGGGCUGUCGGAUGUUGUAAAAUUUCAGCGCAUUCUCCAGUACGUUCUCCACAACUCUCACCAAGAACUGAAGAAAGUUAUACAUGCAACCCAAGGUAGCUGGGAAAGAUUCAAGGAGGGAAUGCAGAGGAAGUACUGUCUGGGAGAUAGACUGUUGACCACUGCGGACCUCGAGGCAAUGAACAAAGAGGAUUUUACGACGAUGGGGGCUUUUGUUCAAGAAUUUAAGAAGAGGGCGCGGAAGGUCCAUGGGAUUUCGGAGGAAGCACAGUACGCCAUCUUCCUGGGGCUACUCACGGCAUCGGAGACCUUCGAGUUGACGAGGCGCGGAAGGUCCAUGGGAUUUCGGAGGAAGCACAGUGGAGCAACGUCAAGUACGCCUGCUUUUGGGACCCCGGAGGUAACAAGGAUUGUUACAGACGUAUUGGCACAGCUGGGGUAUGCGACAGAGCCGGUGGUGCGAAGGAGGGUAAUAACGAAUGUCCAAGUAAAAGGAACGGAGUCGGUGAUAGAGGAGGUUGUUCAGGAGGAGCUCUGGGACGAGGAAGAGCCGGUGCCGCAACGCCUGACGAAGGUCCAGCGCAAAGUGCGUAACUUGGCGCAGGGCGGACAGGGAUCAGGAAAAGCGCAGGCACCUCAGGCGGUGGCGACGGCUCCUCCAAGUGUGGCGGCGCCCUCGUCUAGUGCGGGCCCCUCGCAAGGAGGGGCACCCUCCUACGGACAGUGGCCCUGGCCGGUGAUCAAUGCAAUUGUGUCAUGGGGUAGCGCGCCGCCAGUAGCCGGACCACAAAUGAGUAUACCGCCACCCAUCUACCCCGCAGCCCAGGCCCAGCCUGUGGCCCCGCCGCCGUCACCUGCUUCCAGUUCACAGGGAAGCGUGGCUGGAGGUGGGAACCAGGGGCAGGGCAAUCAAGGCAACGGAGGGAGGGGUGGAGGAAGGGGGAGAGGCAGGAAUGGCGGUGGAAGAGGAGGGCAAUGGAAUAAUCAAGGACGAGGAAACCAAGGCCAGGGGUACCAAGGCCAGGGGAAUCAAGGCCGAGGGUACCCAGGCCAGGGUAUCCAGGCCAGGGGGAUCAUGGAAGUCAGGGGUAUGGGAGACCCCGUUUUGACUGGAGGACGGCCAUCUCCCAGCAUUGCAGCACGAACGAGAAGUCAAGCCAAGGCCAGUGCCAACCAAGAACCUCCGAGAAGGGAGCCCGAAACGGGAAAAAGGAAAGAGGCAGUGGAAGUAGAGGAUGACAAUGAUGAAGAGGAAGAAGAUGAGAGGCUGCGCCGAGAAGAGGAUCAGAGAGCGGAGCAGCGGGCAAGAAAAAAGGGGACCAGGGGAGAGGCAGAGCCGGUCAUACGUGACGGACCACCCAAAAGGAAGAAGUACGCGGUUCAGUUGGAAGAGGGAUUUGACAUAGAGAAAGUGAUCGACCGGCUGCUGGAAGGGCAUAAUGACCUCAUAACCCUGAAGGAAAUCCUAGCGUCGGCCCCGUGGCUCCACGAUGAACUGAAGGGGAGAUUGUCGCGGCGCCUAGUGCCCAAUGUCCAUCUGGGUACGAUCCUGCCCAAGGAGGCUGAGUGGGCAGAGUCGGGUACGAAAAUGGACUGGAAGUGUGUAGCCUGCAGCACGGUGAAUUUGGUGGUGAAGGGUUCCAAGUGCGCAACAAUGGUGGACACUGGGGCGGAGAUGAACAUUAUCCGGGAGGCGGACGCGAUCAGAUUCGGGCUGGAUAUAGACCGUUCUGACUGCGGUAUUCUGCACGGAGCCAGCUGCAAGGCCGUAUUUUGUGGGACAGCCUCGAAUGUACUCAUCGAGGUUGGAAAGGUGAAGGCCCGGGCUUGUUUCUUUAUCAUGCCGGAUGUGGAUCACGGAAUCCUCCUAGGGAGAUCAUUCCUUAGUAGGACAGAGACCAUGAUGUUCAAUAAGCAUGACGGGACGUUAAUUCUCCUCCUAUGCGACCCUGCCUGCAGGAAUUACAAAAUAAUUACCUGCAGAAACACAGGACCAGGAUCCUUCACAAUCGAAGAGUCGGAGGGCGAGCGCCGGAAGCUUCGGGCGGAGCCGGAAGGAGAAGAGGAGGUGAAAGCGUUUUCCCUUAGCCUAUCGGACGUCAGGAAGGCCAUGGACUUGGUGGCCGCACAUGAGAUGGCGGAUCCGGAUGCCAUCCAAGCCUUGAGGGAGCAGGUCCUGGAAUGCCCCGAGACGGGGAGAUUGGAGCUGGUAUCGUUUUCCCGACGGAAGGAAGAACCCCACAUCCGCGCAGACGCAAUCUGUGAGUCGGUCUUUUUUAGGGGACGGCUCAAGCAGGGUUCCCAAAAGCGGUACAAGACGGUAGACAAGAAGUGUCGCCCGGUUCCCGUCCUCGUUACAGAGGACGAGGAAGCAUAUUACGAGAGGGAACGAGGGUCUGUCUUUACGAAGACAACUAUGCCAAGAGGAGGGAGGGGGACACGACCGCCUCGGAGGCCGUUGGGAGCAUCAGGAGGAUAUGAGCGACAUGGGCCUCGCCAUCGAGAGAGUACUCCGAUGUACGAUGAUGGGGACAUCGAGCUAUUCCUGGACAACUUUUGGGAUCAUGCGAGGCGUAUGGACUGGACCGUGGCCCAUGCGAUUGAGAGACUGAGUGGAGCAGGCAGGUUCGAGGGGCCCAUUACCAGGAUUCGUAAGGAGGCGACGACGAGGCAGGAGGUGGAGACGAGGAUGCAGAUGCUGCGACCUUCGCCUGUGGGAUCAUGUGGCAGGCCGAUCCGCCUAGAAAUCGGAAAUGCGGCAGAUUUUAUUCCUGUUUUCGAAUGGUUCAUGCAGGGGCAGGGUAUACCGAGAGAUGAGUGGGCGAGGACGUUACCCCUCUGGACCAGAAAGGGGGAGAGGGCACUGACUAAGCAGGUCAGAGACAAUGCUCGGGACUGGGAGAGCUGCAGGGCACAUCUGAGAGAGGCCUUUCGACGGCCAGAGCCCCCUCAACCCAGAGUUGAGAGACGUCAGAGGUGUCAGAGACAGAGGGACCCUGAGCCAAGGGAGGCGAGACCGUCUCGAGGAGGACGAAAGGCCCUAGCUAGGAGAGAGGAGGAGCCGGAGCCAGAGGCUGAGGAACGAGGCGCGUACCCUGAGUGUGGGUUGGGACCAGUGGAGUUCCAUCAGUUUGCCGAGGGUGAAUUGAGGAGGUCGCCAACAAGCACACAUGAGAAGCCGCCAGCGUCUGAGGAGCCUUUGAGGGAGUUGGAGGCGCAUUUGGAUAUCUCUGAACACCUAGCAGCUCAUGCCCUGGAGCACCCAGACCUGGAGGAGCCAACACCUGCAGAGCCACGCCAGGAGCCGUGCCAACUGGAGCAGGAGGUAGAGGCAGAGAUUCCAAAGAGGGUCGACCUCCGCACGAGGGAAAGAGCGCCAGCUGGAGAGACAGGCAAAGAAAAGAGGGCAAGAAGAAUCAGGAGGAUAGAAGAGAUAUGGCAGAAGAGGCAGAGGUUGGAUGCAGCGGGGGAACUUCCGGAGCAACGGCAAGAGAGGGAGAGAUUGGAGGCAACAGGGGCUCUCCCGGGUCAGCCACCCAGCGAGCCAGCUAAGGCCCCAGAGAUCCCAGAGAUGUGGAGGGACUUCUGGGAGCGGAGAGGAGAGGAGCUUCCUUCGCCAACCAGAGCCAGGUUUGGGGUGGCAAGGAAGGCAGAAGAAAGGUUGAAUCGCAAGAUCAAGUUCCUGGCCAAGACAACUUUUGACCGACACUUGUUGUUGGAGAGCGAUCUGGCAGAGAAGAAGAUAAAGGAAGUCGGCCAUGGAGUACGCCUGGAGGCUAUGGAGGUGGAAAUCCAGGAACUCAGGGCAUUGGUGGCCAGCCAGGUAGCUAUCAUCGAGAGCCUGAGGCAGCGAUCUCAGGGAGGGGCGGACAAGCCAGAGAGCAGACGGCAGGGAGAGUAGAGGCAGCUUGGACAUGGUUUGCCAGGACAGCCAUCUGCAGCAGAGACUCCCCAGGAGCAACCUAUGGGGAGAGUUAUCCUGGAGC